AUGGCAGCCGCUCGACCGCUCCGGGCACUUGCUCUCUGCCGGGGCCAGCGACUAGCGCUCCGGUCCUUCACGACGCCUGGAGGGCAGGGCAACCCGUUUGCUGCCUUCGAGCAGUUCGGACGGGAGACUGUGGGCCGGGCCACGGAGGCGGCCAGCAAGCUUGGUGAGGCGAUCCCAGCGCAGGGCAGCAUGGUCGGCAUGGUCGAGGGCCUCCAGGGCUUCGCGCAGGCCAACGUCAACGAACUGAGUAGGGCCACCGUUCCACUUUUCGCGGCCCUUCUGACGCUCUCGCGGUCACCUGGUACCCCGCUGACACCGGAGCAGCAGGAGAAGCUUGAACACCUGCUGCCGCCACCGGUCCUCGAAGCCAUCAAGUCCUUCGGUGAGUUCGUCCCGGAGGAUCCGGCAGUCGUCCAGCUGAAGCGGAUCGCAGAUUCCCUGGAGAAAAUCCAGGCAGCGCAGGGCUCCGCGGCUGGGCAAUCUCUCGCAGGGGGAGCAUCCAGUGUGAGUUCCUCUUCCGCACCCCCGAGUGAAUGA